AUGGAGACACCGCUCUACGGAUUCACCGGCAACGAAGUUUUGUCGAUCGGCCAAGCAAGAUUGGUCAUCUCGCUGGGAGAAGAACCGUUGAGGAGGACUCAAACAACUAACUUCAUAGUAGUAGACGCACCAUCAGCUUACAACGUUAUCUUGGGCCGACCGACCCUUAACGAGUUCCAGACAGUAGUGUCAACCUACUGCCAAAAGAUGAAGUUCCCAGUGGACGAUCAAAUGGGCAAGGUCAAAGGCGACCAACUGGCUGCUCGACGCUGCUAUGUUGGAGAUGGUCAAAACCGAGACCAAAGCAUCUCGGAAGACUCCACGGCUAGAGAAAAGGAGAAGGUGCAGAUCCACCCAAGCCGGUUGGAAGUCAUGACCUUCGUGGUUGCUGACCUGGAGGAGGAGAAAAAGGCAAAACUGAUCGCCUGUCUCAAACAGAAUCAUGAUGUGUUUGUGUGGUCAACACAUGAGCUGUCCGGCAUCUCCCCGAGUGUAGCUCAACACGAGCUUCACGUCCGAUCGGACACUUGGCCGGUCAAGCAAAGGAAGAGAGAUUUCAGCGCGGAGCAUAACGUGAUCAUCCGGGCGGAGAUAGAGAAGCUAUUGGAGGCUGGCCAUAUCAGGGAAGUCCAAUUUUCGAGCUAG